GGUGCAUGGCCGUUGGCAUAGAGGGGUUGUAUAUUUAAACAAUCAUUCGCGCCCUGCGUUCUCCCGACCAGGGGCGGACUGACAACUCAUGUUGCCCCUGGGCAAUAUGGGAUCAUGGGGCUCCUGUGUCCUUGCCCAAACUCAAAAAAAAGACUAUGAAAAAGGUACCAGGGGCAUCUCAUGGGGCCCCAUACUGACCCCGGGCCCUCGGGCAGUGCCCGAGUUUCCAAAUUGUCAGUCCGCCCCUGCUCCUGACUCAUUUACCGGCACCUCACGGGAAGGUCCCGAUUGCUAC